UGUGUGCGGUUUAUCAGAGGCGGGCAGUCCUAGCAAGGAAUGAACUCACCCAUAUCAGUGAUCACUUCAGCGUCGGAAGGCAGGAUGAGUGCUACGGGCAGAACAGAUCAUAAAGUAUAGGAGACACGGUGGAUGCUAUACUGGUACCACUCAAGACUCUAACCCACAAGAAUGCGAAUAACUAAUGCUGGUUCAUUUUGAUUCCCUUUACGGUAUAUUUUUAAGGGGACCUAAAUCUUAGGUUCGUAUGAGUUUGGUUGGACUCAAGAAUUGAGAUGCUGAUGUUGAAAGAUAGGACCGGAUAACAACUAGUACUUCUAACUUAAGCUGGAUUUCGCGAAUAACUACGAGUUAGCUGUGCUUCAAGCGUGCAGUUUUAUAAUAAAUAAACCCAGUUUUUUAAGCUGUUGGAAGAAGUAGAUCAGUUGACUUUACUGUUUGACUUUAACCAUUGAAGUUUGUUGCAGCGGUGAGGCGUAACCUUUAUUGCUUUUUCCAGAGAUAGAAAGACGAUGCGCAGUUCCGACUGGCACGUGACCAGACUCUCAAUCCUUCAUAAUUCUUCGUCUUGAGAGAAGACUACACAUUAUCUUGAUGCACGAUGGAUCGUUGGCUGUCGAGGUCGUUUGGUAUUAGAUAUAUGCUAAUAUGUUUGCUGGAGCUAACCUUCCUGCAGUCGGUCCUUACAGUUUUACAUGGUGGUCUGCUCGAUGGUUUUGCACUUCCUCGCCCAAUGUCAGGAUGUUCAGAGCAUUGGAUGGACUUCACAGUGGGUCUUAAGUACUCCAACCUCACCCACAAUACAAAUAUUUCAGAAGAGUUCAAACUCGGUCUUGAUAUCAUCGAUGACGACAAAGUGCUAUUUGAAUUCUGUGUACAAAAUAAAAGCGCGAUAUCAUCAGAAGGCUUGAUAUCCGAACCGCUGUUGGACUGGCCUAAGGGACAAUACUGUAUUUACAGUGUAGGGAGAGCAGUGAAGAAGGACUCAGGGAAAUACGCAUGGUCUUAUGGUGAUUGUCCUUCCGGAUUUAAAUCUGGUGUGACAGCAUUACCGUUCAUGCCUUUCGUUCGGGAGCGUCCAGUGGACCCAUUUUCCCCCUUAUCUCUCACCUAUGAGAACAUGACUCUAUUUCACUACUGCUGCUCCACGGACGGUAACGUCAAUACAACCAUAGAUCUUGGUAUGGUUGGGCCAUUUUUCCUCAUGCCGUAUGGUCAACCUCAGUGCCAGAAGGUUUUGAAUAUGGAGUCGAAUUUGCAAUAUGUGGAGUGGCCGGUUGAUGAGAAGCGUCGGAGUGGUUCACAUCCCUACUCAGACACAGGGCGAAGAUUUUAUUACUGUUAUUAUCAACCAAUGGGUCUGGGAAUGGAGCAUGACAUUGUCAUAGCAACCUUUUGUGUAGCAGUAGGAACACCCACUGUUACAAUGAUAGUGAUUUGCUUGUGCAAGCUGAGAGCUAAACUUACAUCCAAAAGAAAACAGUUUAAAAGGUUAGAAAGGUUCCAAUCAGUCAUGUGACCAAGUUAACACCGUGACUGUUCUAGAAUGAAACCACGAUGACCAUCUUCGAACCAGGUCAUCUAUAAUAGCGGACGACACUAUGGGCUGAGAGUUCCAAGUCUUGCCGUCGAUUUCACAAAAACUCUUCCUAACUUAAGACUAAUCUUAGGACUUAGGACGAGUCCCAAC